AUGCUCUCUGAAUUUAGAAAAUUGAAACUUUUAUAUCUUUUCCACUCAUUUCUCGAUCAUAACUGCAGUGGAAACAUAGAUAAGGAGGAUUUUGAACUAGCAGUGGAAAGUAUAGCUAAAUUAAGAGGCUGGAGUCCUGAUGACGAAAAAUAUAAAGAAACCCAAAAUGCUUUACUAAAUAUAUGGCAGGCAUUAAUCAAAGCAGCAGAUGCAAAUCAAGAUGGGCAAAUUUCUAUUGAUGAAUGGUUCACUAUGUGGCAAGAAUAUACCAACAACCCAUCUAAGCCUUUAGAGUGGCAGGAUUUGUAUUGCAAAUUUAUCUUCGAUCUUCAGGAUGAUAGUGGAGAUGGAUCUAUAGAUGUUGAGGAAUUUUCAAGUGUGCUUCAGUCUUUCGGACUUUUAAAAGAAGACUGUCAAGUGGCUUUUGAAUUCAUGUCCAGAGGAAGAAAAACUAUAUCCUGGAAAGAGUUCCAAGAGUUAUGGAAAGAAUAUAUAGUGUCAGAAAAUCCCAGUGAUCCCGGAAAUUAUAUUUUUGGAUCUGCGACCUAU